GUACACGAGGAGAAUCUCACCUGGAGGAAUAACGCAGUUAUAGGAUCUGGAGCUCUGUUACAAAAUCUAGAUAUUAUACAUUUUUUGUGAAUCUUACACCAGCUAAUGUAUCUACAUCAGAAGCUCUAUUUUGUGUCAGUCUGCUGGUAAAUCAGCCCGCAAGCUCGCGCUCUGUGGUGCUACGAGUUCAAUGGUCAACGCGACGCACACCGCUCGCGCGCAGCCCACAACAUCCCACAUACUCGCGCGACAUCAAUAACAAUGGCAAAGCGUAGUCUGUUUUGGUAGAUUUCUGAUUGGGGAUAGACGGUCCGAAAGCUUAGUCGCUGUGUUCACGCUUCGGUUCUUUUUCUUUUAAUUGGCGAGUUUUAUUUUUAGGCAAGAGUGUUCGCCUAUUGUUAUAUUUUUCGUUUUUACAUUUUUUUUUGUCGAAAAUGUGCGAGGCGCUGUUGGCAAGCUCACACAGUCCCUGCAUGUGUGUCCCCGCUGCUUUUCUGCUGGGCUACAGCUACUAACCUAGCAGCUUUUCACUCGGUGGAUAGCUAACGUUAGCCUGGCCGCCUUUAUUGACUUGAGGGGGAAAACACAAGCGAAUGUAAAGCGUGUUUAUGCGUUCCGUUUAUGACAACAGUCCUUAACUGUUUUCUAGUCGUUGCUGUCGGUUGCGGUAAGAAGUGUUGUAUGAUUUGUAGUAGAAAAUACUUUGCUGGCUAGCUAACCAGGCUAGCUAUUUGUGUGUAUUCUUCGAUUGAGGAAAACGGCGAGUUUUCUUUGAAAGUAUGGAUGACCAGACCAGAAUGAUGACGGGUCUCACCGGACUCGGUGGACUACAGCAAGCCGAUGUCGGUGAUCCAGACUCGGUUAGAAAACAACAGUCCCUCGGUCAGCCUCAGCAAGACAUAGGGGAUAUUCUACAGCAAAUAAUGGCCAUCACCGACGAGAGCCUGGACGAAGCACAGGCCAGAUGCUGGCCAGAGGAAUCGCCGGCGCAUUGGGGUGGAUCAGACGACCCCUCAGAGGGAGGGAGAGCAGGGGGGGGCAUGGCAGGGGGUGGCCUGCCACUCAACUUCCAGCACAGGAAGCAUGCCCUGAACUGUCACAGAAUGAAGCCAGCACUCUUCAGCGUUCUCUGUGAGAUCAAAGAGAAGACGGUGCUGAGUAUACGAGGUGUGCAGGAGGAGGACCCCCCAGAUCCCCAGAUCAUGCGGUUGGACAACAUGCUGCUAGCAGAGGGUGUGUCGGGACCAGAGAAGGGUGGAGGGUCUGCUGCAGCGGCUGCAGCUGCAGCAGCAGCGGGGGGCUCACCCACCGACAGCAGUAUCGAACACUCCGACUACAGAGCCAAGCUCGCACAGAUCCGCCAGAUCUAUCACUCUGAGCUGGAGAAGUAUGAGCAGGCCUGCAGUGAGUUCACCAACCAUGUAAUGAACCUGCUGAGAGAGCAGUCUCGCACACGGCCCAUCUCUCCCAAGGAGAUUGAGCGCAUGGUGGCCAUCAUCCAUCGCAAGUUCAGCUCCAUUCAGAUGCAGCUCAAGCAGAGCACCUGUGAGGCCGUCAUGAUUCUGCGCUCACGCUUUCUUGAUGCCAGGCGUAAGAGACGCAACUUCAACAAGCAAGCUACAGAGGUGCUGAACGAGUAUUUCUACUCCCACCUGUCUAAUCCUUAUCCUAGCGAGGAAGCUAAGGAGGAACUGGCCAAAAAGUGUGGGAUCACUGUGUCUCAGGUCUCUAAUUGGUUUGGCAACAAGAGAAUACGCUACAAGAAGAAUAUUGGUAAGUUCCAGGAGGAAGCAAACCUCUACGCAGUUAAAACAGCGGUGGAUGCUGCCAAUGUGUCUGCGCAGGCUAGCCAGGCUAACUCUCCGGCGACGCCCAACUCAGCAGGGUCACCGGGGUCAUACAGUUUGUCUCACACAGGCGACGCCUACCUCAGCCUGCAUGCUCUCAACGGGGAGGGUCUCACCAUCGCCCCCUCUCUACAGCCGCAGGUGGAUACCCUGCACCGUGCUACACACCUGACGGGCGGCUAUGAGGAGCUGUCGGGUAGUGGCCUCUACACCCCUCAUCGCCUGGAUGCUAACAGCUGGCAGGACACCACCAACCCCACUUCGGUCACCUCCCCACCCGGUCCUCCUGGCAGCGUCCACUCGGACACCUCCAACUGAUUCGGUGGCUCUUCCUGCCGUCACUUCACUCCCACCGCGGUCUGCUUCGACUACCAUCCUCUGUCCUCAUUUUUCACCACUCCCUCGUCUUUCAACUAGACGGCCACACAUGGCUGCACUCCCAUUUCAUGAGAACACACACACACACACACACACUGUGCUGGAACACAGGAUAGCCGAACAGUAGUUAGGAGGAAUUCUCCCUCCACCCCACAACUCCACUUCAAAGAUAGAAUCUCCUUCAUUGAGAAUAAAAGAGGGAUGGAGCUUACUGAUGCCGAGACGGAUAGAAGACAUCUUUACUGUCACGGACUUUUGAAAACCACUGACCAGUUGUGUAGAUUAUCACGAUGUCUGUACAUUAUGUGUAUAUGCACGUUAACUUCACACAGUGCUCACACAGCUUGUACAUGUGCUGUUGACCUCUGCACUCGACCCUUUGCUUUGGAAAACUGUGUGUGAUUGCCUAUAUCUCUCCAAGCCUUGGCAUUUGACAGCCAAACAGUCGAUACGGAUCACCUGAGAGCUCGGCUCACCUCGCUCGUACCAAAGUGCUGCCCCAGUAGUUGUCAACACUUCUGUUCCUCUCAACUCAACACCAGACGCUGUUGUUAUCUUCCAGUCCUCAUAGCUUGGCGUUUCAUUUUGUUGGAGAUUUCAAAGCGAGUACUUGACAUAUUGCACAAACGUGCAUGUCCCCCCCCGCACACACACACACACACACUCACACUCACACACACACACGCUCUCUCUCUCUCUGCCCCUUUCCCCCCACUUCUGUAACACACCUCACAACUUUUCAGUCAUUUUCAUCGUGAGUUGACAUUAAAUAUGUGUCAAGCACAAACGUUAGCAUCCUUGUUAUGGGUGUCUCUACCUGUAAAAAAAGAAAAAAAAAAGAAAAGAAAAAAAAGGGGUAGUUAAGGGGAUCACUGUUCUAUGGCAGACAGGACAGGCGAUAAUAGGGCUGGUGAGAAGAGGAAGAAAGGGCAGAGAGAGGAGAAUAUCUUUGGUUGAGUGGAUGUAACUAAUAGCCCUGUUUUGUUGCUAACCAAUAGAGGGUGUUUGUAGAUGGCUUGUAGACUUUACUUCUUGCUUUCUGCUUUCUGUCUAUUCAGUUUAUUUGAUUGUAGGCUAUUUUCUAAUGCUGUUUCACCAAGAAUGCACCAGCCACCACCAAAAAUGAGCUCAAUAAAGCAUCUAAAUGACGUUAGGAAAAGAGGCGGAACGAUCGUGGGGCACUGAUGUGUUAUUGGGACAAAUGUGACAUGAAUUUAGAAACGUGACUGUCUUCCAUGCAUGUAGGACUUUUAGGCGUGAUAUUAUUGUUUUCAUUUAACCUUCUGAAUUUUUAGCUUCGUUUUUAUUAACAAAAAAAAAAAGAAUAAAAAACAAAGGGUAUAAUUAUUACAGUCAGACCAAAAAGGAAAAAAGUGCAUCAUGUAUUGCUAUGAUGUGUGUGUGUGUCUCUGUGCGGGCGUGUGUUCAGUGAUCUUGGUAUGUCUUAGUCAAACAGGCUGGUGCCCUCUGACCUUUUUGUGAGCGUUAUAGACACUGGGUGCUUCCACCAGCCAAUGACACGCCAGGUGGAGGGGUGGUUUUCAGCCGAGAUCUCCUCCCUAUCUUGAAACAUAUAAGCUUGCAAGCCCGAGGCAACACACUGCAACCUUCUGUUGUACCAAAACCAAAAAUACCACGUUCAGCAAUGUAAUAAUGCUACUCUGUGUCUCUCUAAAGUCGGCGCACAGCCACCUUUUCAGUUCGAGGAGAGGAGGGAAUUAUAUUUGUAUCUGUGUCUCUCUGUGUGGUGUCGUCAUGCCUCAGAUUGAUUUUUUUCUUUUUCUUUUUUUUUUUUGGAGGUUUUUGUUUUGCUUUUUGUUGUUGUGGGGCAUCAUGGGAGGGUGGGUGGAGUGAGGACUGUCAUCACACCUGUAUUUUGAUUGUGAGUAUAGAAGUUUAUGCUCUCCCCUUUACCAAUCUUUUAAUAUCUUCUGGUAAAACCGCAGCUGUUGAUUUUUUUUUUUAUUAUUAUUAUUGUUAUUAUUUUUUAGUUCUACAGCCAAUUGGGCAAGGGCUUCUCUCUCUCCUCUAUUACCAAAAAAAGAGGCAGCACUGGGCGUAGUUAAAACUCUUAAGACAAACCUGCAAUGUUUUUGGGGAUUUUCAUUUUUUUGGAACUAUUUUAUACAUUAACUGUUAUGUGAAUAACGAAGCAUUUUGAUAGUAAGGUAAAGCCUUAUGAAGAUUUAAGUGUCAGUCAAGACUUUGUUGAACCAUAUGUUACAGAACAAAAACUUGAGCUUAUAAGCUGGUCACAUGUGAUAUCCCACAUCUAACUGUUUUGUUACUCAUCGCAGUUCAUACGACUGUAAUCUUAUGAAUAACGUUAUCACCGCACCAAAUUAUCAUCCUCCCCCUUUUUCUACCUGUUGUAAUGGAUGUCACUGUACAGUUUGUGUAAUGUUUCAGUAUUUUUUUUUUUUUUUUUUCUAAACUUUGUUUGGUUGAAAUGCCAAUUUUAUUUGGCCUUUGUGUCACACACGAUAACUCUGUAUCAACUUUGAAUAUUAUUUAGGUCUUUUGUUACAUAACCAGGAGGCGAUGUAGGGGUUACAGGUAUAACAUUUGGUGCUGUGGAAAGAGAAUUUUAUCAGCUGAGGUUCUGCAAUGGACGGACGUUUUUUAUGUAUUUUACCGUAUAGAUUUAUGGACUCUCUCCCCAUAUGGUUCCCCUUCGGUUUCCACUUUUUCCACACUUCUAAAUCUUUCUGAAACCUUAAAUUAUUCCAUAAAAAUCAGAAAUAUCAAUUUGUGAAGCAGCAAAAUGAGUUUUGAAAGAGUUUAAUAGUUAACUUUUUUUAAUUCAAACUCAGAGGAAGUUAAUACUGAAUUUUUGACUGUCUACUAAAUGAAGACUUAAUUUAAAAUAAUUUUUUUUUGACAUCCUGAAACAGGAAGACAGGCAGACCAUCACAUUACACUUUGCUCCUGUCGAGAUCCACUCGUUAACUCGCCUCAAAAAUGAGUACCGCUAAAAACGUUCACGCCUAAACACUCAGUGUUCACAUGCUGCGUUUUUGCAAACAGAUCUGCAAAUCUAAAACGCAGGACUUUUCGUUUGUGGAUUCUGCAAAUCGACUCAUUGACUUCCACAGCACCAAAUAGCUUCUUAAACCUUUUUGAUUUCCUUGUUUUUAUUAGUAUAUUUGUAUCUCCCCUCGUUCCCGUGUAUUUACCCCUCUCUCUACCUCUGUCUUUCCAUUUCUCUUGUAUAUAACCCCCACUGUUUUCAGACUUGUGAGUCUGUACGAACUCCUUUUAUACCUCAACUUUAGAAUUGUUCUAGAAAGAGUAAAACAAAAAGGAAGAAUAUGACAAAUUGUAGUGUUCUUAUUAGAAAAUUAAUAAAAUGAUUUAGUGUGAUUUUUUUUUUUCCAGUAUUUGAUUUCAGAUUUUAGGAGUGUUUCAUUUUAUAAUUUGUCACAAAUGCUCUUGUGAUAGUCAAAUGUAAUAAAAGGAGAGAUUGCACCAUC